AUGUUUCUCGUCGCCGAGCUCGAAGACACGGUCAAGAUUGAACCCAAACACUUUGACAAAUCCGACAAUGAGGCCAUUACUGCUGUUCUAAACCAAAAGUUUGCAAACAAGGUCAUUCCCGAUGUAGGUCUCUGCGUUUGUGUACACGACAUUCUCGAAGCUAGUCCGGGAGCGAUUCUCCAUGGCGACGGUUGCAGCUAUAUAAAAACUACAUUUCGUCUCGUGAUAUUCCGUCCUUUUGUUGGUGAGGUGAUCACAGGUCGUGUAAAGAGUUGUUCUUCUUCUGGUGUUAGAGUGACAUUGGGCUUUUUCGAUGAUAUCCAUAUCCCUGCACCAGCAUUGCAACCUGGAUCUGAAUUUGACCCUGCUGAACAACUUUGGGUAUGGAACUACGAAGGCGAAAAGCUAUACAUGGAUUUGGAUGAACCAAUUCGCAUUCGCGUAUUACGUGAAGUAUUCACCGACAAGACUCCAACACCUGCUACAGCUGCAUCCACAGGUCGUCGUCAAUCAGCAGCAGACGCAUCGGCCACUGCUGAUCUUCAAGCCAACUCAGCAAAGAUACCACCCUAUGCAUUGACUUGCACGAUACAAGAAGACGGUCUUGGCUUGCUGUCGUGGUGGGGUGCAUAA